AUGUUUCGCUCUCUUGUUUUCCUGCUUGCUAUCGUUUCGACAUCGGCAUUUACCGUUGUCCCUGCAAAUACGCGGUCGUCCCAUUCUUCUUCGAGGCUCUACCUGGACUUGCCCGGAGAUGUGGAUCCCCUCGUAUUGGUGGCCGGAGGUGUGGCGGCUAUUGGUGCCGUUGGAGCAGCAGUGAUUUCGUCCAAGCUAGAGGGUAUUGACGAAGGUGGAAGUCCUACCCCAUCUCCUGCGGCAUCUGCCGACACAACAUCAGAGGAAGUGGAUCUCUCCAUUCCAUAUGACGCAGCCGCGAUGCUAGCGUACAAAGCGGCGGGAAGUCCAGGAGACUAUGCGGCCUUCAAAGAAAAGUACGAGGAAGAUGCAGUCAGUGAUGUCACUGCCAAGAACAUGGAUAUCUCCAUUCCCUACGACGCUGCUGCCAGAAUGGCUUAUGAAGCAGCGGGUAGACCAGGGGACUAUGCUGCGUUCAAAGACAAGUACGAGGCAGAUGCUGUUGCUGAUGUCAUUGGGAAGAAGUAG